AAAGGAUGUUACGCGAAUGAAUUAAAAUGAAGUUCUCGUUUAAUCCGGUGACUCAAAUGUUACAGAAACAGGGGGAGCAUGGCUGUGACGACAAAAAUGCAACGUGCUUGUGCUCGUGUCUCACUCCCCAUAAAAACCACGAGCGCGAGAGUGUUUCAUCACACACCAGCAACUACUUGAUCGACGCACGAGCUCCGCAAACAUAAACAGCCUUUUCCAAAUCCAGAUUUGUGUUUAACCAAGAGGUUUUACUUGGUUUUACUGCAAGAAGAGGAAGAACAAGACCGCUGUCUCAGCUGCAAUAACUGGCUUUCGCAACAAAGAGCAGAAUGGAGAAGAUGAAAGACAGUAAGAUGAAGGAGGUGACAUACUACCUGGUGUUCUGCGUGUCCACGGCCGUCAUCGGCUCCCUGCAGUUCGGCUUCAACACAGGAGUCAUCAACGCACCCGAUGUGAAAGUGCAGAACUUCAUCAGAAAAGUGAAUGUAGAGCGCACUGGAGACCCCAUGCAGGACACCACGCUCACAACUGUCUGGAGUAUCGCUGUUUCCAUUUUCAAUGUUGGCGGUAUGAUUGGGUCUCUUAGUGUUGGCGCUCUAGUUGACAAACUUGGGAGACGAAAAUCAAUGCUGCUGUCCAACAUCCUGGCUCUGAUUGGUGGAGGCCUGAUGGGCUUAUCCAAAGUCUUCACCUCCUAUGAGGUGAUGAUAGUGGGCCGCCUGGUGAUCGGUGUGUUCUGUGGUCUUUGUACAGGACUGACACCCAUGUAUGUGGGUGAAAUUUCACCAACGGCACUGCGAGGGGCUUUUGGCACCCUUCACCAACUCGGUGUGGUCAUCGGCAUCCUGUUUGCACAGAUCUUGGGUCUGGAGUCAUUGCUGGGGUCUCAGUCUUUGUGGCCAUUAUUGCUGGCUCUGACGAUCCUGCCUGCAGUGAUACAGAGUGUUAUGCUGAUCUUCUGCCCAGAGAGCCCUCGAUACCUGCUGAUCAGUGUCAACCAGGAGGAAGAGGCACGCCAAGUGCUGACACGUCUUCGUGGGCAUUCAGAUGUGGAGGAUGAUAUUCGUGAGAUGAAGGAAGAGGCCAUGAAGAUGUCCAUGGAAAAGAAGGUUUCUAUUCCGGAGCUGUUCCGUAACUCCGCCUACAGACAGCCCAUUAUUAUCUCCAUAAUCCUGCAGCUGUCCCAGCAACUGUCCGGCAUCAACGCUGUAAUUUAUUACUCGACAGAGAUCUUCCGAAAGGCAGGUAUCACUGAGCCAGUCAUUGCCACCAUUGGAAUGGGUGCAGUCAACACUCUCUUCACUGUCGUCUCUCUCUUCCUAGUGGAGAGGGCAGGGAGAAGAACACUUCAUAUGAUCGGACUGGCUGGAAUGACUUUCUGUGUUCUGCUCAUGACUAUUUCUCUUAAACUUGUGAACCCUACAGAUGCUAUUGCGAAUAGCACUGCCACCGCCCAGCCUGCAUCCGAAGGGGGAAUUUCAGCAGUCAGCAUUGUGGCCAUUCUGGCAGUGUUAGGAUUUGUGGCCAGUUUUGAGAUGGGACCAGGACCAAUCCCAUGGUUCAUAGUGGCAGAGUUAUUCGCUCAGGGUCCACGCCCGGCAGCCAUCGCUGUGGCGGGAUGCUGCAACUGGACCGCCAGCUUCAUUGUCGGACUGUCUUUCCCACCACUAUUGAAAUUGUGCGGCCCAUAUGUGUUUAUCAUAUUCCUCAUCCUCCUCGUCUUCUUCUUCGUGUUUACCUACUUCCGGGUUCCCGAGACCAAAGGCCGGACGUUUGAGGACAUUGCCAGUGGAUUUUCCAAUGCUGCAGGCUCCAACGCUGCCACCUACACAUCCCCAGAGGGUGCCAUCACUAUGCCAGUGUCCCCAUCAUCAGACAAGAUUCAGAUGACUGAGCUGGCUGGACAGGAGAAAAGUGGAACAAACCUAUAGAGAAACCCCAUAAUCUACACACAAGAUUGACAUCCUAAAUGGACAGAUACAGCUAAAUAAUGGGCAUUAUUACAAAGGAGGUAUUAGCUUGGAUGGUAUUGGAAGCCUUUUUAUAAUUGGCCAUUUUAAAGUCAUUAUGGAGCAAAUAAGUGUUACAUGUGGUUGCAGAUGCAUUAUGAUAAAUUGCUGAAUGUUUAGUCAGAUAUAGAGUUUUGUUAUAUUUUUAAGAUAACUAAUGUGUAUUCUACUGAGCACUAAGCACUUGUCUAUAAUCAUGUGGAAUAUUAAACUGAUUACUAUGUAUUUAAAUAGUUAAUUAACAUAGUUAAUUAACAAAUUUCUCAUAUUGCCCAAAGACUUAAAUCAGACUCGCGGUAAUUUACGCACUAAUCAGACUCUUAUGGCCUUUAAUACUGCCGUCCUUUAGACAACUUGUUGUGCUGUUAUGGCUUCAGUCCAUGAGUAUCUGGUCUUUUGUGCAAAGGAGUUCACAGGGUCAGUGUCAAAAAUGUUAUUAUUGAGUUGCAACUUAAUUCUUAUUCUUUUUACUAUUUAAUUGGAUUUAAAAUCUUAGAUUUUCAAUAUAAUUUUGAGUCCCACAGUACAUGUUCAGUUAUGUAUUUAAGCAUGUGAUGACGUUUAUGUAGGCGAUACUGGUGUUAGAAGUCUUGCUGAAGGUACAGUAGGAAUCAGUGUUUAAAUGGUGUUAUUCAUCCCUGAAGUAUUUCUCAUAACGGCUGUUACUCCACCUGACUGUAUGAACACUACUGAUACAGGAUCAUAUGAAAAUUAAUCAUGACAGCCCAGCAAUCACAAGCACACAUUUAUUGUUUAACAUGGAUCUAUGUGCAUCUCAUAUUUUCAGUUUUUAAUUAGACCCCAUUUGUUUUUUGGGGGUAAUUAGGACUGUUUACUGUAAAAGUAUUGCUCAACAAAUGUAAAUAUGAAUAUACAGUUUUUGUUUGUUUACAUUUAUUACUGUAUUUUGUUGCACUCUGACUGCAUGAUUGAGAUGCUUUGUGGAUUUUUACCACAUAGGUACCAAAGAUUUUUUAUGACUGUUUUAUAUAUAUAUAUUUAUAUAUUUUGUUUUAUUUAUAGCUUUUAUAAUUAAAUAUAAUUAAUUUUGUUUCCAAAUUGUGAUGUUUUUAUAGCGCUUCACUUUUGCUUCAAGCACAAUCUCCUAAAUAUGAGUAUAUGUAAUACCGUAAGCACUUGGAAGCAUAUUUUAUGAUUGACAAGAUUAAAACAUUCCCACAUGAUUUGA